AUGGCGGAGGGUAUAAUCGCCGAAGCCGAAAAGCAAAAACAAUACGAUCCGUUUCAGAGAAAAAUCGAUUUCGUACCUGUUAAAAGACCCUUCCAAGGCUUUUCCAAUGAUUUUAACAUCGAAACCCUAAACCCUACCACCUCCGAUCAUUCACAAUCAGCUCCUAAGAAACACGAUGGCUCUGAAUUCUCUGAGUGUGGUUUGGAUCCUGAGUUCAGCUUCGGAAUUACCUCUCGCAGAAUAGGAGCUGGACUACAUAAUCUUGGAAACACUUGUUUUCUCAAUUCAGUUUUGCAGUGUUUGACGUAUACUGAGCCUUUAGCUGCUUAUCUGCAAAGUGGCAAUCAUCAAAGUUCAUGCCGCAUUGCUGGGUUUUGUGCUCUUUGUGCGAUACAGAAUCAUGUUAGUAGGGCACUGCAAUCAACUGGAAAAAUAUUAUCACCAGCGAAUUUGGUUGUAAACCUGCGGUCCAUAUCACGCAAUUUCCGAAAAUGUAGGCAAGAGGAUGCACAUGAGUAUAUGGUGAACUUACUUGAAUCAAUGCAUAAAUGCUGCCUACCUUCUGGUGUGCCGAGCGAAUCACCUGGUGCUUUUGAUAAAAGUUUUGUUCAUAAGAUCUUUGGUGGUCGUCUACGAAGUCAGGUGAAGUGCAUGCAGUGUUCUCAUUCCUCCAACAAGUUUGAUCCAUUUUUGGAUUUAAGUCUCGAAAUACUCAAGGCAGAUUCUCUUCAAAAGGCACUUGCAAAUUUCACAGCUGCCGAACUUUUGGAUGGAGGGGAGAAGCAAUAUCAAUGUCAACAUUGCAAGCAGAAAGUGAAGGCUCUCAAACAGCUAACAAUUAAUAAGGCACCUAAUGUGCUAGCAGUUCAUCUAAAGAGAUUCUACGCACAUGACCCUAACCUAAAGAUUAAAAAGAAUGUUCGGUUUGGCACUGCACUGGAUUUAGAACCUUAUGUCAGUGGCUCUCAUGAUGGUGGUGUGCAUUACUCAUUGUAUGGGGUCCUGGUUCAUUCUGGUUAUACCACUCAUUCUGGCCACUAUUACUGCUAUGUUCGCACUUCGAAUAACAUGUGGUAUACCUUGGAUGAUAAUUGGGUCAAACAUGCCAGUGAACGUGAAGUUCUAAAUCAGCAAGCUUACAUGUUGUUUUAUGUUCGUGAUAGAAAAAGUAUAGCUCCAAAGAAGCCUGAUGUCAUUGCUAAGGAGGAGAAUGUGACGACAAAUGUUAUUGGAAAUAGAUGCCCUUUAACUUCUAACGAUGCAUUGAAUGAUUAUCCAAAUGGUCAGGUGGAAAAUAUGUUCUGUGGCGAUUCUUCUUUGACUGCUGAUACUCAGAAAAAUUUGAUAAAUGUUGAUUCAUCAAGGGUUUCAUGUGAGAACGAUGCUCUGGUUCAGCAAAAAGAUAGUGACAUUUUAGUAGAAAACUUAAUGAACAGCAAGACCCCUGUAUCUGAACUUACUUCCAAGGAACAGACUCAGAAAACCUCAUCAGAUGAGCCCUCAGUUGCUAUAUCAGAACUUGAAUGUUUGUCAUCUUUAGAUCACUCUAGAAAAGACAAUGACCCUUGUAUUCAGAAAAGUUUAGAUGCACCAGUUGUUGACAGACCUAAUCAGUUCAACGAGAAUGCUAUUUCUAAAGUGUGUGUAGAUUCUCCCACAAUAGAGCCAACUGUGAGUAGUCCCCUAAAUUUUCCUGGUAGACCUGCUAGUGACAAAACAUCCCAGUCUCAGGAGAAAAAUUCCCCCUCUGAAGCUGAUGCUGUUGCUGCCCAAGACUCUGUCACAAAUUUUUCUGAGAGCAAUGGCCUUGUUGGAACUUCAAAUGGAUCGGUGAAUGAGAAAGCAUGCAGUAUAUUGUGUGAGAAUGCAGUUGUUUCUCAGGGACUGGUUCUUAAAGAUUCAUCCAAUGUAUCCUCGAGGGACUUGAGUCUUGAUCAAAAGCAAGUGAAAAAAUCAAAAAAGAAGUUUCCGAAGUACCAGGGGUCAAACUUGCAACUGCGCCCAAUCAUCCAUUUCAUUGCAAAUCUAGGCCUGCGUAGGAAGAAUCACAAAAAAAGUAAACGCCGCUUGUUGGGUAUGAAGCAUUGUAGUAAAGAAAAGCAGAAUAAACAUGCCAUAUUAUCAGAAGUUGGACCAUCUACAUCUGGAAAAACACAUUUACUUCCGUCUUCUGAAAGUAAACCAACUAAGCCUUCGCAUAUACCUGUAGAUAACAUUAAAUCUAAUGAUGCACCUCUGAUGGAAAAUAAUGCUGAAGGAGAGUUUAAGAAGAGGAUGGAUCAGAACUUUGGUGUGCUUGCAUCAGUUGCGAAAGUAGAAAAUAUGUCCCAGUGUUUAGUGGCAAAUGAAUUUAAGGCUGGACAAUCUUUUAGUCUACAGGAUGAUACAGGAGAUCAAAUGCAUAAUAGUGUCAUGAGAAUGCUCACUCGAGGUCUAGAGGAGACAGUUGUUGCUAGUUGGGAUGAUAUGGAAUUACCUUCAUGUCAGCCUUUGGAGUCAAAGAGUGGCCAGAUUGCUCAUAUCGGAUAUGUUGGGGAUGAAUGGGAUGAGGAUUAUGAUUCGGGGAGGAGGAAGAAGGUAAGAGGUUUGAAGGAGAGAUUUGAAGGGCCCAAUAUUUUCCAACAAGUUGCUAACGAGAAAUAUAACAGAAGGCCAAAGCUGACGCAUUUUAGCGCCAAGAACUCUAGUAAAAGAGCAAAAUUGAACCAUUCUAGUUCAGAGAAAUCUAAUAAAAGGGCAAAAUCGAACCAUUCUAGCUCGGGGAACCUUCCAUUUAGGAUAUAA